GGCGGCGACGGCUGCGACCCAGACAUCUGGGACUGUUGUUGUUCGUUCCCUGCCCGCCAGCCUGCCCGCCUCGGUCCGUUCCCGCGGACACCGGACCUGAUCUGCUCCCGGGGGGGGCUGGCGGGGUGCUGCCGGUUGCGUUCCCACCCUCUCUCUUGGGUCACUGAAGCUGUGGCUGGAGCUGGCGCUCACGUCCUCGCGCGGUCGGUCUCGGAUGCCCUGCAGUGAGGAGGGGGCGCCCGGACCCUGGUGAGCGCACCCAGAUCCCCCUUCCUCCCUCCCUCCGGACUCGGUGUCUUGGCCGGCCUCCUUCACUCAGAUCCGCACACCCAUCUGUCUACCAUGGCUGAAAACGCAGAGGGCGAUCUGAACUCCAACUUGCUCCACGCCCCCUGCCGUACUGGGGACCCUCAGCUGGAUACGGCCAUCGGCCAGUGGCUCCGGUGGGACAAGAAUCCCAAAACAAAAGAGCAGAUUGAAAAUCUGUUACGGAAUGGGAUGAACAAGGAAUUGCGAGACCGUCUUUGUUGCCGAAUGACUUUUGGGACUGCGGGACUUCGAUCUGCCAUGGGGGCGGGAUUUUGCUAUAUUAAUGACCUCACAGUAAUACAGUCAACGCAGGGGAUGUACAGAUACCUGGAAAGAUGCUUCUCAGACUUCAAGCAGAGAGGGUUUGUUGUUGGGUAUGAUACUCGCGGUCAGGUAACCAGCAGCUGCAGCAGCCAGAGGCUUGCUAAACUCACUGCUGCAGUCUUACUGGCUAAAGACGUUCCUGUUUACCUUUUUUCAAGAUAUGUUCCUACACCUUUUGUACCGUAUGCAGUGCAAGAACUCAAAGCAGUUGCAGGGGUGAUGAUUACGGCGUCUCACAACCGCAAGGAGGACAACGGGUACAAGGUUUAUUGGGAAACUGGUGCUCAAAUCACAUCUCCUCAUGAUAAAGAAAUUCUGAAAUGUAUAGAGGAGUGUGUGGAACCCUGGAAUGGUUCCUGGAAUGAUAACUUGGUGGACACCAGCCCCUUGAAGAAAGAUCCUCUGCAGGACAUUUGCAAGAGAUACCUGGAAGAUCUGAAAAAAAUCUGUUUUUACAGGGAAUUGAACUCCAAAACCACUUUGAAAUUUGUACAUUCGUCCUUUCAUGGAGUUGGACAUGAUUAUGUGCAGUUGGCUUUUCAAGUGUUUGGUUUUAACCCUCCCAUUCCAGUCCCGGAACAAAAAGACCCAGAUCCAGACUUCUCUACCGUCAAAUGCCCAAACCCGGAAGAAGGAGAAUCUGUGCUGGAACUCUCCCUAAGACUGGCAGAGAAAGAAAAUGCUCGAAUUGUACUAGCCACAGACCCUGAUGCAGACCGACUGGCCGUGGCAGAACUGCAGGAGAAUGGUCAAUGGAAAGUUUUCACGGGGAAUGAGUUGGCAGCAUUGUUUGGGUGGUGGAUGUUUGAUUGCUGGAAGAAAAAUAAGUCAAGAAAUGCUGAUGUGAAGAAUGUUUAUAUGCUGGCCACCACCGUCUCUUCUAAAAUUUUAAAAGCAAUUGCACUUAAAGAAGGAUUUCAUUUUGAAGAAACAUUACCAGGCUUUAAGUGGAUUGGAAGUAGGAUAAAAGACCUCCUGGAAAAUGGGAAAGAAGUCCUUUUUGCAUUUGAAGAGUCUAUUGGCUUCCUGUGUGGAACCUCAGUGCUGGAUAAGGAUGGGGUGAGCGCGGCCGCUGUUGUUGCCGAGAUGGCGUCCUUCCUGGAAACCAGGAGCACCACACUCCAGGAGCAGCUGAGUAAUGUUUAUCAACUAUAUGGUUAUCACAUGUCAAAAACUUCAUAUUUCUUGUGCUAUGAUCCACCUACCAUAAAAACUAUAUUUGAGAGGAUUCGCAAUUUUGAGUCUCCCAAGGAAUAUCCAAAAUUUUGUGGGACAUUUGCUAUAUUGCAUGUACGGGACAUUACCACUGGUUAUGACAGCAGCCAGCCUAAUAAAAAAUCAGUGCUGCCUGUGAGUAAAAGCAGCCAAAUGAUUACAUUUACUUUUCAAAAUGGCUGCGUGGCUACUCUUCGUACAAGCGGGACAGAACCAAAGAUAAAGUAUUACGCAGAGAUGUGUGCGUCACCCGACCAAAGUGAUACUGCCUUAUUGGAAGAAGAACUGAAGAAACUCAUUGAGGCUCUGAUAGAGAAUUUUCUUGAACCCAGUAAGAAUGGACUGAUCUGGCGCUCUGUGUAGGCCCACCAAUAUGUCAAGACUUUGCUCUUGAGUAUGGGACAGAAUGUCCAAGAACUCUGUGAAUUGAACCCUGUUUUAGAAUUCUCUCUCAUCUGGCCAAGUAUCUUUCCCUUUUUCUUUUCUUUCCACUGUUCAGCUGGUUAAACUGUAUAAAUUUGAAAUGAAAAUAUCUAGAGGGAUAUAAUUCAAGAAUUUUAUCUUGAAUGAAAAUAAUUAGAUUAAGAGUAUUAAAGUGACACAUCAUUCUUUAACAUAAACAAAGUACAAAAGUAAGCUUUCUUAGUGAACUGUGGUUAUGCUUAGUUCCUUAUAUUGUAAUUGUGUAUAGCAUGGUUUAAAAAAAGAGUCAAAUGGAUGUUAUAUAAUUAUAGGGUUAGUUAAGGAAAUUAGUCCUUAAAGGUAGAAAGUCUGUAGUACUGUUUAUAGUCCAUUAUGGAAAAACCAUCACUGUUAUGUUAUAGGCAUUGACUUUCAAAUUGUUAGCCCAGCUUGGUGACACAUUCCUGUAGUUACAGCCCUUAGAUGGCUGAGGCAGGAGGAUCUUCAGUUAGUUCAAGGCGAGCCUGGGCUACAUAGAAAGAUUUUUGUCAAAAUGAAGUAUUUAGGUUUGCUAAUUUAAGGCACACAUGUGGUUUUGCACCUCUGUUCUGGGUGUCCUUCGUGCAGUGUAUGUUUACUGUAUGUAUUUAAGACUCCGACGUUUACUGAACAUAAAGCAAUAGUGGCAACGCGCUGGUGGCUGUGCCCUUGUCAAGCUUUUCAGUGCCUCCUCAGGGUCUGCUGUGUGCUCAAAUAAUGUUCCUGCAUUGAAUACGAUGUUAUCAGUCAAUUCCCAAAUAAUUAAGGAAAAUCUUCUAACCUAUGUAGGUGCUUUCUCGAUAGAAAACCAAUUUGUUGAGUUUAAGAUUCUGUGGUUUUCAGAAAAAAAAGGUCAAAAUAAAAGCUGACAGUACAGCUAGUUGAAUUCUGUCAGUUAUCAUAACCUUUAAGUAAAGAAAGCAUCUAACUGGGGAAUGUGCUCUGCAUUUGUCUGUUUGAAAGUCUUUUUGAGUUACAUUUAGUCUUUCAUCUGGUGAGGAAGUGCUUAGAACCACAUACCGCCUGCUCCAGUGCCCGUCCUGAGCUGACUCUGGAAGCUGAGCAGGUGAGGCCUGGUUCGUAGCUGGGUGGGAGGUCGUAGGGAUUAGCAAACACGAAAACUGAAGGCUGUUAGGUUCCAAUUUAUUUUAACGUCUUGCUGCCUUCUGUGGAAUUUCUGAUCACUUAAUAUUAAACAUCUCUUUAACGUGGUCAAAAUUUCUUCAGACAAGUCACCUUUAGUUGACCUAAUAGAGAAGUGCUGUUUUGUCUGCUUUAUAUGUGCCUUGUCGUCCAGAAUGCACGUGCGGUAGCUAAAUGCCAAUGACAAGGCCCUGGGGGCAGUCAUUUAAACCAGCUGAAUUAGGAGAUAACAUUGGUAUUAGACCAUUUAUUUCCCCCAAAUAAUAAUGUAAAAGUCAAACUGACUAGAAUGUUAAUUGAAUUGCUCUUUGAGCUGUUACCACUAUCACCUAACUUUGGUUGAGCUCAUAUAAUCCAAAUAAUUUUCCAAUUACUGCAUUGCCACUAUUGUUAAUUUGUUCCUUCCUUAGUUCCUUAUAGCUGGAUCUUAUAUGACUGUAGAUAAUGCUAGUUAAUAUAAAGUGCCAUUUUUCUGUGUGAGCUUAUUUUAAAGGCUUUGUAUUAGAGAAGAAAGAUGGAGAAUUUUUUUUAUUUUAAAAAUGUGUAAAAUAUUUUGUUGCAUUGGCUUUUAGGAAUGUAGGUUGUAACUUAAGAAACGGCAUAUAUUCUACAAAGCAGUAUGAACAAUG